UUUAAUUUUGCAACAUUGUGCAUUUCUGUAUCACACAGAGACGAGUCGGCCUCGGCUACGUAUUAUUUACGUGAGAAGACAGAGUCGGAGAAGGCGGACAAGACCGUGUCCAUCACCUCCACCUCGGCCCAGGACACCCUGAUAGAAGAGUGGAUGUACUACAGGAAUCUGCAGCACGGAGAGAACGAGUUCACCCUCCGGAAUAAACAGGUGAAGCAGAGAGCAGAUGAAUGCAUUCUGGCUCUGGACAAACUCAUUGAAAUCAACUCAGGGAUACCAGUGCAAAAUGUUUUAAAAUCUAAAUUUGACUGGACAACUUUGGAGAACUCCAUGGAUCUGUGUCGGAUCGCAGCGGUGGGGCAUUCCUUCGGGGGAGCGACAGUCAUCGAAGCUCUCUGCAAAGAUGUUAAAUUCAAGUAUGUGAAAUUACAAUGAACAUCCAGGUCUCCUACAUUAUCAUAACCCAUGUUCCUGAGAGGCAGUAACAACUAACAGGUUGUUAGGGUAAACAUCUUAACCAAGAUAUCCCCAUUAAACUUCCCCAGUUGCUUAAUUUCAAGUUUUCUGAACGUUAAAAUAUGCAAAUCCUAUUAUAUAUGUGCAGAUAUGCAUACAUUUCCAGGUAGAAAUUUGAAUAUUACAAAUAGGCCAG